GGGAGAGCUGGUGAUUUGACAGGAGGGUUUGGCAGGGAAGUGUGGCAUUUGAGUCCCAGCGCUCAUGCAACACAGAGCUCUCAGAUUUAUCUGCAUCCAAUCCACUCCACUGGCCAGCGUCCAGAGUGAAACACGCAAAGAGAGAGAGAGGGAGUGGGAGAGAACGAGAGAGAGGGAGAGAGAGUGUGCGCGUGUGGCGUGGUGUGUCUGACAGAGGGAGCGAGUAGAGAAGAGCACAGGGAUAGGCAGAGGUAGGGCUGUGAAGUGAAGCUAAGUUGGACGCAGUAAGUGUAACGGGGGGGGCAAACGUGAAGUGGCCCGGAAAGUUCUAGAAGAAAAAAGUUUGUGCCUUGUUUUUUUUUUAUAUUCUUUAUUACUGCUUCUUUCCCCACUCGCUCUCUCUCUCUCUCUCCCUGCUCCUGUGUUUGUGCGCGUGGUGCUCUGCCUCUUCUCCACUGAGCUUGCCAUGGAGCUGAUUGAGGACUCCAACCUGCAGCUGGGACUGCCCGAGUCGCGCAAGUCGCUCACCGAGAUCUCGGACGACGAGGUCAACCUGCCGCCCUCCGACGACGAGGACGCCGCCGUCGCUGCAGCCAUCGCAGCUGUCGCUGCCGAGGUGGCCAACGAAGAGAAGGAUGGCGAGGGGGAGAAGAGCGACGCGCAGGUGAACGGCGUGAUGGUGCUGACCCUGCUGGACAAGAUCAUCGGGGCAGUGGACCAGAUCCAGCAGACCCAGAAUGGACUGGAGGCGCGGCAGCAGGACAUGGAGCGCUCGGUCUCGGGCAUCCAGGGCGAGCUGACCAAGCUGUCCAAGAGCCACACCACCACGGCCAACUCGGUCAACAAGAUGCUGGAGAAGGUGCGGAAGGUGAGCGUCAACGUCAAGACAGUGCGCAGCAACCUGGAAAAGCAGGCUGGCCAGAUCAAGCGGCUGGAGAGCAACGAGGCUGAGCUGCUCAAGAGGAGGAACUUCAAAGUCAUGAUUUACCAGGAUGAGGUGAAGCUGGCCUCUAAGGUGUCCGUGGCCAAGUCCAUGAAGGUGGCUGAGCCUGCAGAGGGAGAGGUGGGGCUGGAACUGAAAUCAGUGGAGGAGGGCGUAGAGGAUGGAGUCGAGAAGGCCCACAUCGACCUCUCCUCCGACGAGGAGGAGGUGGAGAUCGAGGAGACGGUGGAGGAGACGCGAGCGGAGCGCAUCAAGCGCAGCAGCCUUCAGCGCGUCCAGAACAUCAAGACGGCUUUCUCCAGGGAGAAGAUGGACAAGACCAAGCAGAAGACCAAGGACAACUUGGAGAAGACCAAACAGAAGACCAAAGACAACCUGGAGAAGACCCGCAUGAAGACGAAAGAGAGCCUGGAGAAGACUAAGCAGAAGACCAAGGAGAACUUAGAAAAGACCCGUCAGAAGACCAAGGAGAACCUUGAGAAGACGCGCCUCACCAUCGAGAAGAAGAUGGGCAAGCUGGGCACACGAAUGUCCGUCAACCCGGAGCGCAAGGUCAAGAUGCAGACAUCCAAGGACAAGCUGAAGAAGUCCUUCACGCCUGACCACACCGUCUACGCGCGCUCCAUGACGGCAGUCUACAAGGUCCCGCCGUUCACCUUCCACGUGAAGAAAAUCCGCGACGGCCAGACGGAGAUCCAGGGCACCGAGAUGGUGGAGGUGUCCAGCAACGUGGAGGAGGCCGAGCACACGCUGGAUGGCGAGGAGGAGGAGGCGGAGAUGGGCGAGAUGCUGACCGAGGACAGCCCCGACAUGCAGGCCCUGAUGGAGAUGGCCGAGGACUCGGAGCUGGCACUGGUCGACCACGACCUGGACAGAGACAGUGACUAGAGUGGACGUGAUGGAGGGAGGAGGGGAGGGGGGAAG